UUCUUGGUGCUUGCCUGGUCUUCAGGGACCUACUCUAGCAGUAAAUCCAAGGAUACGACUGUUAGGCAAAGAUAUAACGAGUCAUUUAAUAUUAUUUGUCGGGCUGCACUGUGCAAACCUUACUUAGUUUCGUCAGCAAUUGUCAGAUAGGCACAGAUAGCCCAGGGCGUCGACUGGCCAACAAGCAGAGCAUCCAUUCAUCCUUUCAUUGGCAGCUGAGGUGUUUCAGUUUAGCUAGCUAGCGUUAGCCAAGAGACAGGCAGGGGACAGCUGUGGUAAAAAGGGAUUUGCAAAAUGUCGGGAUACCAAGGAAAGAAAAACAUUCCGCGAAUUACAAGUGACCGUCUCCUCAUCAAAGGAGCAAAGAUAGUGAACGAUGAUCAGUCUUUCUUCGCUGAUAUCUACAUGGAGGAUGGAGUCAUCAAGCAAAUAGGUGACAACCUCAUUGUCCCCGGGGGAGUUAAGACCAUAGAGGCUCAUGGGAGAAUGGUGAUACCUGGGGGCAUUGACGUGCACACCCGAUUCCAGAUGCCUGACCGAGGCAUGGUGGCAGCAGAUGAUUUCUACCAGGGCACCAAGGCGGCCCUGGCUGGGGGGACGACUAUGAUCAUUGACCACGUGGUGCCGGAGCCUGGCACCAGCCUGGUUGCAGCUUUCAAACAGUGGAGGGAGUGGGCUGAUAGCAAGUCCUGCUGCGACUAUUCCCUGCAUGUGGAUAUCACCAGUUGGAACAUAGGCACUCAGGAAGAGAUGGAGGCUCUGGUGAAGGAUCAUGGUGUCAACUCUUUCCUGGUCUAUUUGGCUUAUAAGGAUGUUUUCCAACUUUCUGACUCUGAGAUCUAUGAGGUGUUCAGUGUCAUCAGAGACCUUGGAGCCAUUGCUCAGGUGCAUGCUGAGAAUGGAGACAUCAUUGCAGAGGAGCAAAGACGUAUUCUGGAUCUGGGGAUCUCUGGCCCUGAAGGCCAUGUGUUGAGCCGCCCGGAGGAGGUGGAGGCCGAGGCAGUCAAUCGCUCUGUCACCAUAGCCAAUCAGACCAACUGUCCCCUCUACGUCACCAAGGUGAUGAGCAAGAGUGCUGCUGAUGUCAUUGCAUUCGCCAGGAAAAAGGGUGCCGUGGUUUACGGAGAGCCCAUUUCUGCCAGCUUGGGCACAGAUGGUACCCAUUACUGGAGCAAGAACUGGGCCAAGGCAGCUGCCUACAUCACUUCUCCACCGCUCAGUCCUGAUCCCACCACCCCCGAUUACCUCAACUCUCUGUUGUCAUGUGGGGACCUGCAGGUGACUGGUAGUGCUCACUGCACUUUCCAGACUUCUCAGCGUGCAAUAGGCAAAGAUGACUUCACCCUAAUCCCAGAGGGCACCAACGGCACUGAGGAGAGGAUGUCCCUAAUCUGGGACAAAUGCGUGGUGACUGGCAAGAUGGAUGAGAACCAUUUUGUGGCGGUGACCAGCACGAACGCAGCCAAGAUCUUCAACGUGUUCCCCCGCAAGGGCCGCAUCGCUGUGGGGUCUGAUGCCGACCUCGUGCUGUGGGACCCAGAUGUCACUAAGAUCAUCUCAGCUAAGAGCCACAACCUGACUGUGGAGUACAACAUCUUUGAGGGCACAGAAGUGCGCGGAGGUCCUGUGCUGGUGAUCAGCCAGGGCAAAAUUGUGUUGGAGGAGGGCAGCCUUCACCCCGUGGAGGGCUCCGGGCGCUACAUCAGCCGUAAACCCUUCUCUGACCACGUUUACAAGAGGAUAAAGGCUCGCAGCAGGCUCACAGAGUUGCGAGGAGUCCCCAGGGGCCUUUACGACGGGCCGGUGUGUGAGGUGACUGUGACUCCUAAGGUGAUGUCCACAGUCUCCUCAGUGAAGACUUCCCCUGCCAAGCAACAGCAGCAGCAGCAGCAGCAGCAGCAGCAGCAGCAGGUUACUCACCAGCCGGUGCGCAACCUUCACCAGUCUGGCUUCAGUCUGUCUGGUGCCCAAGUUGAUGACAACAUUCCUCGUCGCAACACUCAACGCAUCGUGGCUCCCCCCGGGGGAAAAGCCAACAUCACCAACCUCGGCUAAGCUCUUCCCUCUUCUGAGCCGGGGCUGCGGGGCAACACGGGACCAGAGGCCUCUGUUACCGCCGUCACAUCACAUGCGGUCACCUCUGACUCCACCCUGCACCCCACCCACAAGCACUCCGUCCAUUCUUAUUCACACACUACCACUACGUCACAUCUUUCCUGCCAUACUCCAUUGUCAAGGAAGAUCAAGUGAAUUGAAGCAGCUUUAUAUUUUUGCUGUUUUUAAGCCCAAUUUGAUUAUUGUUGAAUUUAAGUUGUUUACAUUUUUGUAUCAUUUCUGCUGUACAUGUCCGAGCUGUUGAGUUUCCCUCUGGGCUCAGAAGGUUGACAGCAAAGAAGCGGUCAGUUUGACGAGCGGAUCAUUUAGAAACUGCAGGUGUUUACAUUUUUUUCUUCGCGCUGUUCAUUUCCCAGAUAGAAGUACGAACGCGCUGGCGGUGUUACUGCGCCGCGUUGUCCACGGUUGUACUGUAAGAUUGCUGAUUUAGCACAAAAAUGUUUUUAUUGUUGCCACAAAAAAAACUCAAAAUACUAAUCUACUAAAUAGCGAUAAUGAAAGAUUAGAUCGUAGAAUAUAGUUUAUUUAUCUCCUCAUUCAUCUGAAGUUUGCAGUAUUUUGUUUUGUGUGUGUAGGUACAGCAGAACAAUUCACCUUGGUCUUCCUUUUGUGUUAUAGUUGCACUUUCUUAUUUUUUUAAAUAUCGAUGUCGUAUGUUUUUUAUCACGUUAAGUCAUUUUUGGAAAGCGCUGACUGCGCCGAAAGAAAACUAAAUGGUAUUUUAAGGGUUGAACCACUCAUUCAACUGGCACGUAACAUUUUGUCUGAGAAACAUGAACCUUUUUCCUCAUU